AUGGCGUGCCUUCGGUUUCCCCGGAUGGGCGCGUCCGCUUUUAUAAAGUGGGGGCGAGCGGGGGUGACGAAAACUAAAAACGCUUGCAAACCCCCGAGAAAGAGUGCAGAUUCGGGGUCGACUGGGGGCCGCUGGGGCGACACAGCGGUCCCGGCCCCCAAGGGUGGGGGCCCAAAAAAAGGGGGGAGGGUAGGCCCGCUACUCCCGGGGGAAAUAUGCCGGUUGGGCCUUCCAGGCGUGACUGCGGCUGAAAUGAAGGCCGCAGCGGGCGCCGAAAAAUUAGGGGAGGACGAGGGGAAAUUUUGGGGCCUCAAACAAAAGGGCCGAAACCCUUUUAAGGAGGCCCGGCCCCCAAAUUCGGGAAAAUUGCUCAUUUGUUUUUUGACCCGCCCACCCCAGAAGAACGGCGUUUGCGGGCGGGCCCAAACAAAAAGGGCUCGCGGGCGCAAAUGGGCGGAGCUCCGCAAGGAGCAGAGGACCCCAAAGGCGGAGAGGGCCCAAAAUUUCCCCCGGGGCGCGAGCACCUCAGGCGGGGAGGGGGGCCCUUUCCCCACACGCCGCGCCCAAAACGAAAUUGAGUUGCCGUCACGGGCCGUUGGAGCACGGGCGCCACAGGGGAGGGGUUUGGGGCUCCCCUUUAUCCGUCGGGGAGAUGGCAGUUUAAAAGGGGCGCGCUUCUGGGUGCUUGAGGGGAGGAUUCUACCCCCCCCCCCAAAGCUGAAACCCAACGCAGCAAAACCCGGCGCCGCAAAAGGGCCCCAAAGCCGCAGCCCCCCCGUUCCCCCCCCCAACCGGCACAAGCAGCUGUUUCCCACAAAAAAAGAGUUUUCAACUCCCCGCCUCGAAAAAGGGAAAAGGGGGGCCCUAAAUCAAAUGGGCAUUUAA